ACCGCUGCGUUCUCUCGGACGUCAUCACCGUGCGAAAUCCCUGAAAACGCGAUGCGCAUUCCCGCUCAGUUCUGAAUGGGGGGCUCGGUCCAAUUUCUGACAGCGAGUCCGGUAGUGUAACGUUAACCGUAGACGGUCCACUUAUCCAUUCAGGUCCACUGUUUUCAGACACACCGGAAGUCAACGAGCCCGCCUCUCCGGUAGUACACAUUCAUUCAGGUAGUCUGCUCGUGCACUCACAGCCCAACUAGUUCGGUCCAGUGUACGGACUCUUGUCUUCUCAGCCCGGGGAAGUUCGUGCAACCGUUGCUGACGGGAGAAGCUGUCUCUGUCUGUCCAGGAAUGAGAGAUGAUGGCCGGCUCUAUAGCAGAAGAGAAAACCUUCCGACGGUUCCUGGAGCUCUUUCUUCGGGAGAUGAGAAUGCCUCUGCAGGAGAGCGACCCUCCGCCGAUGCGCCCCUUAUCGGACCUGGUGACUGAAGACGAGGUAGAGGGCGAAUGCCUCGACCUGUGUCUCCAGCACCUCUACAAAUAUAACUGCCCUUGCUCCCUGGCUGCAGCUCUAGCCAGGGCCACAGCGGACAGCCUCCUGCAGACUGACCUUUCCAUCCACCACCUCAAUAAGACGGUAGAAGAUGGAGCUGACCCAUUACCACAGAUGGAGUCUGUGAAGCUGGCCUGGCUGGUGUUUAACAGACUGUUUGAGAUGUGCUGCCUCUGGCUGAAGGAGCUGCCUUUCCGGCGCCGUCCACAGCCGUACUACGAAACCUCCAUCCACGCCAUCAAGAACAUGAGGCGUAAGAUGGAGGACAAGCACGUCAUCAUUCCCGACUUCAACACGCUCUUCAACAUUCAGGAUCAGGAGGAACAGGCUUACUUUGCCGUGUUUGACGGUCACGGCGGUGUGGACGCUGCCAUUUAUGCUGCCAACCAUCUCCACGUCAACUUGUUCCACCAGGAGUCUUUCAGCCAAGACCCGAUCGAGGCACUCUGCAAAGCCUUCAAAGUCACUGAUGAAGGCUUCGUGAAGAAGGCCGCACGGGAGCACCUACGUUGUGGCACGACGGGCGUGGUGACGUUCCUGCGGGGUCGGACGUUGUAUGUGGCCUGGCUGGGAGACUCCCAGGUCAUUCUGGUCAGGAAAGGACAGGUUGUUGAGCUGAUGAAACCACACAAACCAGACAGAGAGGAUGAGAAGCUGAGGAUUGAGGCUCUGGGGGGCUGUGUGAUCUGGUUUGGCACAUGGAGGGUUAACGGCAGUCUGUCUGUAUCCAGAGCAAUAGGUGACUCAGAGCACAAGCCCUACAUCUGUGGGGAUGCAGACCAUGACGUCUUUCCAUUGGACGGUUCAGAAGACUACCUGAUUCUGGCCUGUGAUGGAUUCUGGGACACAGUGGUUCCAGAUGAGGCGGUGCGGGUGGUCAGCGACCACCUGGAGGAGAACUCUGGAGACACCACCAUGGUAGCACACAAGCUGGUGGCCUCGGCCCGCGAUGCUGGCUCUAGUGAUAAUAUCACUGUCAUAGUGGUCUUCCUGAGGGACCCGCGCUGCCCACCACCCACCGGCACAGAGGACGAGGAGGAGGGCGUGGCGGAGGGAGAGGUGGGGGAGGAGGAGGUAGCGGAUGUGGAGGAGGAGGAGCAGGAGCAGGAAGAGGAGGAUGAGGAUAGUGAGGCAGUCAGGGCAGAGCGUGAUGGUAGGGAGGGAGGCAGCACUGCGGACAUGGGGGGGAAGGGUCGUGGAGGCUGGCCCUUGCAGCAGUGCUCGGCCCCCGCUGACCUCAGCUACGAAGACCGAACAGACUCGUUGACGGACAGAACUAGCCUCAGCCUGCUGGGGCCGUCCAUGGAGGGCCGCAUCUUCUUGACCGGGGUCUCAAGGCAGACCUGCCCCGACUUUAGCCCCGACCUUUUCACAGCCUCCUACAACUACAGAGAAAAACGCCCGCUGAGGCGCAGGUCCUGUAUCCCCUUUCAGGAGGCCAGCAUCUCCAGCUUCACAGACCCACUGUGGCCCCAGACAUCCAUGCUGUUAGGCCAGGCAGCGAGGCAAAGCCGCAGGCUCGGUCAUGGUAGUCGCCGGUGGGGCCGGAGGAGGCCAGGCGCAUCCAAAGAGCUGCUAGGCCUUUUACCAUCCGGCCACUUGCUGCCACACAUGCAGCGCCACUCCGACCAGAGGCUUGGAGUGGCGCUUCCUCACCUGCCCCACGAUGCCAACAUCUAAAGAGAUGACCCAAACCAAACCAUCUCCUUCAUUUAUUCAGUCUUGGCCCACACUCCACACCCACACACCUCUGCCUUCAACAACACAUCUUUCUUUGAUAGUAGGUAGUUGUGGCUCCUGCAGACGUAACGUGAUUAUUGACUGUUUGUCGGAGUGGUGCUCUCUGUCCUAAGCCGAAAUGUUUCCAAACGUAAGCCGGCCCACUAAACACAAGCCCUGCUCCUUAAUUCUGUAGGUGAAGCCGUAAACUGCAUCCUCUCCAUUGUGACCAGUGAGAAUGAAGCCAGAGCUCGAAAUGCAGGUUCAUAAGAUGUGUUCAGACUGAAUGUGAAAGCAAUCUUGUAUGAAAGAGUUUACUGUUGGCAGUGGAAAUAACAGAAAGAAUGGAGGUCCAGCUAAAUCUUAAAUUAAAUCUGCGUGUUGUAAGGUAGCUGAGUCUGUAAUGGACCAUGACAGCUCUUUAGUGAUAAGAGAAGCAAAAGUUCUGUCGCAUUUAGUCUGAACACACAUUAACGAUAAAUUUAUAUGCGUUGUUGCUCAACACUCUCAGCAACGUCUUUAGACAGAAGUGAUGAUGAUGAUGAUGGUUUUGAACAGGAAGAAAAGUAAGGACGUAAGUAAUUUAUUCAGUAGUUUAUUUAUAAAGCACCUUUUAAAACCAGGGUUACAAGGUGCUGUGCAACAAUGACUAAAAAUAGAAAGUUAAAAACAGGAGAUAACAAUAUAAAAACAAAAUAAUAAUAAUAAAAAACUACAAACUAAAUACAAAUGAAGUUAAAAACGGUUUGUGAUGAACUCAAACAGGAUCGGCAUUCUAUACUUUAAUUUCUCGUUACUUACUGACAAUAUACACACACACACAUUAUAUAUAUAUAUAUAUAUAUACACACAUCUUAAGUCUUCAAUCGUAUGUAUCUUUAGUCUUUUCCCACAUAUUUGGGAAAAAAAAUAUUCUAAAAUAUCAUUGUAGCAUCAAGAUUUCCCUUCAACUGGAACUAAAGGGCCAAAAAAAACCUUAAAAAACAACCCUAAACCAAAAGUACAACAAAAUACUUUUGUGUUAAUAAUUUGUCUUUCCUCCUAUUUAAUGUCACAUUCCUUUCGACACAGUGUGAGGUGACGCAUUCCUUUUGUCUUGAGACAGCUGUCGAGCGACCGAGCAUUACAUUAAACUCUAAUGGCGAAGCUUACCUCAGCAAUCCUUCGGUGGCAGAUGACUAAAGCUCAUAGUGGAGGCCGGGACAAUUGUUGCUCCUGGUUUCUGAGACUUAAGGCACAUGCUGUUCUUUCCGCUUCGCCAUACAGUCAAUGACCCAGCCAUUAUCCAGCUACAGUUUGUCUACAGAUAAAAGCACUUAAAACCAGAUUAUUAAAGAUUAGCACUCAAUUACCCGAAUAAAUGCUACAUGUAGUCGAGUAUUCCAGAUGGGGAUAUACUCCUGAGAUAAUGUUUUUGAAAAUGGAGGGGUAUUUCAAAAUAUAUUUUUGUCAUACUGUAGUUGUUGUUGUUGUUGGGCCACAUAGCUGUUGCAAAGUAACCAAGUGUCGUUACUUUUACACAAAAAAACACUUAAUAGAAGUAUUUUCCAGCAGUGCAAACCAUUUUAAUGUUGGGCCUGGAUAGCUGAAAGCUGCAGAACACGUGCCUUUCAUAUGUGUUACUAAAGCCGACUUUACACACAUAUUCUCUAAUUACUGAAUUCAUGUGUUAGUAAUUAAUCAUCGAGGACAAUUCUGGCUAUGAAUCAGGUCGUAUAAUGAUACUGUGCCACUUUAAAGGAAUAAUUUAACACUUUUUGGAAAUAGGUUUAUUCACUUUCUUAUCAAGAGUUAGCUGAGAAGAUUGAUAGCACUCUAUAGCUGAUUAGCUUAGCUUAGCAUACAGACUGGAAGCAGCGGGGACAGCUAGUUUGGCUCUGUCCAAAGGUAAACAUAAAUGUUUUUAGCAGGAUAUAUGUUCCCAUUAAGAGCCAUUCACCUAAAGACUUAUAGCAAGGGAAAACCGUAAACCACUAGCUUGAAGUACAAAAAAAUCUGCCAACAAUUUGUGGUAUUACAUUUCUGUUUGUGUAUGAACAAACAACAUAUAGCAUGCUAGUUAGCGAGCUUGAACGAUGCUGAUAGGUGGAUUUUGUCACCUUUGGACAGAGCCAGGCUAACACCAGCUAAGCGGCUGCUGGCAGUAUACUAGCUUCACUUUUAGCAUACAGACACGAGAGUGGUAUCAAACGUCUCAUCAAGAAAGCAAAUAAUAAUAUUUUCCCAAAAUGUCCUUUAAGAUUCAUAGUCAAUUCAAAAAAGAUAAUCUGCACUUAAGAGAGCAGGUUUCAAUCUGAAAAUAAAGUUGUGGUGUUAACAGCAGUAAACAUCCAAGAUAGUCCUCCAUCGUCAGAGUAAACCACCGAGGCCGGCUCCCGUGCCCCCACGGCGCCUAUUAUGAUUGGAUCCCCCCCCCGCUGUCUAACACGCUGCUGACAGUGCUGCUUCGCUUCUGUUAUGUUAGCAUUAAUGUUCAAACUCCUUUUAUCAGACUGCACUCGUGUGUAAAACCUGGCUGAGACAUAAAAGCCAGUUUCCCCAUCCACAUUCAUUGGUUUCACAUAUCUAACAGCAAAUUUGGCAGAGUGCCUCUUUAAUGCUAAUUCAUAAUCAUAAUUAACAAAUGUGAUCAUCAAACAAUACUGAUUUAUAUAAUAAUAUAAUAAUAAUAAUAAUAAUAAUAGCAACCAUACCCAGUUAUAAACUAGCUAUACUACACUUGCUAGGAAAACUUUGAAAUCAUAAACCCUGAUUGUCACUUUCAAAGUACUUAAUAUGAUUUGAUUCCCUCUUACUGCUAAAUAUUUAAUUUGCUGUGGGAGCAAGUGACUGUUCUCUAAACUCCUCCCUCUUUAGUCGCCAACAUAUUUUUUAUUUAGCUAUAUUUUAUCUAGCUAAUUAGCAUGAUACCCAGGAAACUCAUUAUCCCCUGUACCCUGUAAAAGUACCUUUAUAUAUGCCCUGUCAGCUACAUACUGUACAUGACACAAUGGUAAAAGACGGAGGCUAAAGCUACAACGUUAGCUGGGGUUACUGGAGUGUAAACCUCCACAAAUCAGAGCAGGGCUGCUAACGUUACACUGAGAUAUAGCAGCAUCCAGUACCAGAGGGUAAAUACUUCAUGGUAGAAGUCCUGAAGGGGGCAUUUUUGAAAAUAACCUGUAACUGCGCACAAUAUUGUAGUCAGCGAAUAAUAUUUUGCUUCGCUUUGGAUAUAACGUUACAUUAGUGAUACUAAGCUAGUUAGCCGGAACUGCUAACAUUUACGUUAGAGAUGACAAACAUUCCUUACACUCAUAUCUUCUAAGUUUUAGAUUUGGAAAAAAUAAACAACUCAAAAGCAAUAUUGCCAACUCUUUCCCAAUGAAAGUAGCUAGCACUAGCUCCAAAAGUUGCGUAUCAUUUUUUUUAUAGAGCCAAGUGGCUGUGUUGGAUAACUGUCUGCUGCUCACAGUCGAAGGGAGAGAGAUUUGCGUUGUUGGCAGAAGAGCCGUGGACGUGGAUUACUACAAGCAGCAUGCACAGGAAGGAAUAACAAUAGACCUUGCUUUAUCUCUUGAUGGUCUGAAGUUGAUAGAUUUAUCACUAGUCGCUUAUUAGCAAUUCAGUCGCUAAGAUGGUCUGAUAAGGUGCUAAAUCAAGCGAGACAGUUGGCAACACAAAGGUCGUUAUAUAUAGUUUGUGGAGAUAUUCAAAGUUUGACAGACCUGCCGGCUAAUUACAGUUGCUAUGUAAGCUAUGAUUGGGCAAUCGCUGUUUAGGGGGCGGGGUUUACUGAACAGUCAUUUUGGACAAAAAUUCCCAACAUCCUCAUUCCCCAAUUCUUUAGCUGAUGCAGUGAAUUUCCAAACGUCAGGACGUUAGUUAUCAUGUUUCCAUCUAAUUGAGAAGCAAAAUUUAGGCAAACUUUUAAAAUGUCAAGAAAAGAAAAGAAAAUGUGAAUUAGAAGCAUUUCCAUCAACUGGUUUAGAGCGAACAAACUAGACUAGGCAAAGCGUAGUUUCGUCACAAGUUGACGUUACGCAGGGCUGUAGAAUGCAAACCGGCGUGCUAGAUCAAAGGGUUUAGAAGCGAAGUUCUUUAGCUAAAUGGAGAGAGGUGUAGCAUUGCACAAGUUGGCCACCUGUGCAGAACACAGGAAAACCUGACGUGUCUGAGGCACAGGCAGUAGUGCACUGCAACGCCACCACGCACCUUGUGCCACAACUGUACAGCGCACUGGAUGGGACCCAUUCCCCGAUCCUCCCCCCAUCCCAUGGAUACCGGGACCAUAGUCACGUGAGUUACAUGUUCGCUACGUCACAACUUAUUCGGCAAAGCGGUUUCUAACUCCCAUUUUGCGCAGUCUCUUUUUCAAAAAAGGCAAAAAACCACUUUUUUUUCCCCGAAUGUUUCCGUUUCCAUCAACACUUUCUACUACAUACUUCCAAAUAUGUUAUAAAUAUGUUGAUGGGAACAUGACUAGAGACGGCCAGGUUCUGUAGACCGUGCCUCCCAUUUCCUGCCCGUUCACACACAAAAGGUGUGGUAUCAAAAACAUGUGGUUCACCAGACAAACAGGUACUGGUUUAAGGGGCCAUCUCCCCCCCCCCUUUCAGUCUUACUGGUAGAUAGAGGCUCACUCGCCUUUAAACCGUCCUGUGGACCGACCCGUGAAGCGCAUCGGCGGAGCAGAAUGUUCCUCAUGUGUCUCAGAAUGUCCUCAGAGACUCAGUGAAGUGUGUCGAUGUGAGUUGGUGUUUUUUUGGGGGGAGGUUUGUCUUCCCAAAAGGCAUCCUGUCAAUGAGGAAUGGACUGCCGAGACCCCUCAACAAACUGAAGCCACUGGAUCCCUCUGGUGGAAGUAUCACUGCAGUCUCUAGAAUCGUCAGUCGAUACCGGAAGAAGAAAACGAUGGAAAUUGCAGUCGUUUCAAUUCACUUAGGCACGGGUGUGUAUGUAUAUUAUGAGCGAGUGCUGGAGGAAUGUAAAUAUAAUAAUUCUGUCUUGUAAAUCAGCAGUUUUAAUCCACGAGGCCCGACGGUUGGGUCAGAUGUUGGAUCUGGAUCUCAAAUGUCCCAGCACCAGGCUGAGGGGGGGGUGAGGACGUGAUGUUGUUGAACAGCCGGAGAGGGGCUGAGUCUAUAAACACUGCCGCUGCCUUCAAGAGCUGCCAAAAUAUUUAAAGAGGUGUUGAACCAGUCCGUCUUUCACUGGAAGAGGUGUAGUGUUCUAUUGUGGCCUGGCUUCUGUUUCACCCUUUCUUACUUCUAUAUGAAUAGUAAAAAAAAUCUGGCUGAAACAUACAUUAAGAUAUUAUCGGCUUAAAAUACUGUAUCUCCAAUAUGCAGCUUUGACUUUAACAUUUUUUAUCAGUAUCUGGCUUAAAAAGAAAAAGAAAAACAUCUUGCCAGUCAAAUUGUAGUUUGUAGGUUUUAAUUGCAACUCUGCAGGUGUUGGAGGAUAAGCAUGGCGUCGAUUAGAGACGAGGGCCGUGAGUGAGCUGAGCUGCUGUGUUUGGAGUAAAAUGGAGUUUCACUUUCAGAUAACAGAUUAGAUCUUUUACAUGGAUCACUCAGGGCAGUUAACUCUAGAGAAGCAGAGCUGUCACAGUUAAAGAAUUAGUCUCAGGAUCUUGUUAUAAUGACAUCAGGAGUCUUAAUCAAGGAGAAGGACUAACCACAUUUACAAGGACCCUAUUAUCCCAAGUUUAAUAACCACACAUUCUGUAUAUUAAUGGACAAAGCGUCCGGUUUGACGCCUUAAACCUGCUUUCUAUCUGAAUUCCAGCAGGGGGAGACUCACGGGGUUGCAAAAGGAGGUCUAAAUUUUGGUGCCAAAAUUUCAUGUAAUUUUAUUUAAACCCACAAAUGUCAACUUCAUGGUGGCUCUAAGGAAAGUCAUUGGGAUUCAUCCUCUGAGGAACACGACUGGCGUGGCAAUCCAUCCAGUAGCUGUCGACAUAUUCCAGUUGGGACCGAAGAGGUGGACCAAACGACAUCUUUUAAAAAUAGCUUUAGGGCUUUUGGGUACUCUUUACAAAACUUCUCUCAAAACGAUUUAUAUUCCUCUUGCUGUGAGAUGCCUUGUCAUUAUAACAAGAUACUUGACUGGGAAGUUGAAGCAUGUACUUGUGUCCACACCUCAGAGCAGCUGCAAAGUAGUUUUCUGUCCCCUGUGAUUCACUGAUAGUAGUUUCACAGCAGGUGUUCAGUGUUAAUGUGAAUAAUUCUUUGCGCUCUGGAGGUACAGUGACAAGGAUCCAUGUUUUACAUUCACCAAAACCUUUACCUGUGAACCAGUUGUACAGCGUGACUCAUCAUAUUGCAAACCGCCAGAAGUUGUCACUAUAUGAGCAAUAAAAACAUCAAACUCCCUGUGGUGAAUCCUCUCUCUAAACCCGAGAAACCCACACUUCCUCCCUCACUCUCGCUCUGCUUGCAUUAAAGAGGUUCCUCCGAGUCGGAUGAUGAAGGCAGCUCUCCCAUAAUCACUGUCUUAGCUAUAGAGGGCCCCUCCAUGAAUCUGCACUGUGUGUCUAUGUACACACACACACACAAAAAAAUAGCUUUUUCUUUUUUUUCUCUGUAAGCAAUAAUGCCGUCGCAUUAGAAGGCUCUCUGAGGGUUUGUCUUCUGCUUUAGGAUGCAACAAAAAGGUUCUGUCAGCAGCAACUUAAAAGUCACAGAGCAGAAAAGCCCCCCCCCCUCCUUAGAGAAUAGGAUUGUGAGUCAUACUAUGCUGCCUGUUGUAAGGUCCACUUAUCAAAGCCCUGGCCCUGUAACAAGUCUGCUGCUGGCUAGUUUUACAGUUCAAAAUUCAAAAAAGAUCUUCAUGUUAGCGGAAAAAUGAAUGUGAAGUUUUCUUCUUCCCGUGAUAAAGGAGACAUUCCUCAGCAGUUUGGGUACAUUUGACAUUUUGGACUGUUGCACUUUGUUCUCUCACUGUGUGCCAACAUGGCUAACGAGGGGGCGGGGGGGAUAAAUAACAUCACUGAGAGCUGUGACUGGUCCCUUCUUCUGGUCCUCCAAGCUUGAAGACAAACCCUAUGAUUGGCUCUUCUUCAACAUGCAGGUUAGGUUAAAAAAAACACAGUAAAACACACGUUGAGUACCUGUAUUAUGUGUUCCUGUAGUAUAUAAAAUAUGUGUACUGUAACUGGUGACUAAUUAUCAUGUAUAUAAAGACUAGAACAAUU